CUUGUACCUAUAUAUCAGAAAUAUGUCCGUAACUGUUCCUCACAUGGCCACCAUCGCUCCCAGAGCUAUGCACCAAGUCCCCCACUUACCACAGCACUCCAAGAGACCGUCGGCAAAGUUGACCAUCAUGCUAUUACCCCAGACGUGGACAGCCCAAACGAGGGUCCCGCUCUUGGAGGAGCCAGGCGGGUAAACAACGGUUGACAUGGAAAAGAUCUGGUUCAAGGCGAAAAAGGUUGCAUAUGCUGGGUCGAAGAGAUGAGUCUUGUGGUUUUUGUGACUCGAUAUGCCGUGGACUGUUUAUUGGUUACUGGCUGGUGGUUCCCGUCGCUGCUGUAUGGUACAAAAAGGACAGUCCCAGCUGGUGGACUGUUACUUUGCUAAAGUAAGGAACCGUCCAGCUACCUGAGGACAGUCUGGCCGCCGAACCAACGUCUGCACACGGCACCAAACUAUGGCAAUUACCCGCAGAAGGUUCCGGUCUGGGGCGCAGAGCAGGCCCUCGACGAAGCAGGUGCCCUUUUGUCAAGUCUCCAGACACUUCUUUCCUCGAACUGUUCUUCAUCUCUUCUGUCACAAAUCUCCCCAUACACGAUCCUUUCGGUGUUCAGAUUCACCUCAUCAGACACAAUAUCUCCAGCCGGAAUCUCCAAGACCACCAAACGCAUGAAAACAGCGUCCUCCUCAGCGUCGUUUGCUCCUCCGAGAACCCGAGUUUUGUGAAUUUUCACAGUGAAGACUCCUUUAUUCCCGAGCCUCGUGCACCAACCGAGCCGUCACUCACUUUGAGACCCACUGGUCAAAUUUCGGGACACGACAAUCACAGAUCUCAUUCAACCUGUUCACGGACAACCCCGGCUGUUAGCAGCUACAUUGAAUCUUUAACGAGUCUUGCGUCGACAAAUCCACAGGACCCCUCCAAGCUCUGGUAAACAACUUCAACUUGACCUUGCAGCUAGAAGACAAAUACAGCCAAUACACAGCUCUGAGCCACGAUCCUGGGGCACUGGUCUGGAAACGAUCUCACUUGAACGAUCUUAUCAGAAGUGCGGUCGAUAUCAGCGCCCAUCCAGAUUCCAACGUAGACGAGCAGAUUGUGGUUCGGAACACUUUUUAUCACACCACACGAAUUUCAGUCAGAACGCCAACAUCAUGGGGCCCGACAACAACAAUCUUUCGGCAAAUCUUGGACCCAGAGCACCAAUCACUCAGAUCCCGAACCCUUUGAGCAACGGAAACCUCGUUCAAAAUCAUUUCAUGGCAAUGCCAAACCCUGGACCCCAGAACCAUCUUAAUAUGAUAACUUCUUUUCAGCAGCAUUCUAUGGGAAUUCCGGAUCCCAUGGCUCAGAAUUCAACUGGUAAUGGAAGCCCAAUCCGACAUCAACAUAUGGCAUUUUACAACCUCACACUCCAGAACUCCUAUGCGAAUGGUAAUCCUUUUGGAAACGACGAUUCUCCAAUCCUGAACAAUCCGCUUCACUGUCCGGCCGAGGACGCCGUCGGAAUUCAUGGCAGGCAAAUGUCUACCGUCAUGGCCUCAGAGCCCUUCAACAAUGGAUAUUUCACCCAGAACGAGGCUGUGGGCAUGCAGGGUCUCCUCUCACAGGACGUGAUGAACGAUAACGGUUUUCCUGACCUCUGUGUCAAUUUGUUCCCUCAGAAGCAGGUUCAUCUCGACCCUGGGUUUACGGACUUUCAGGGCUUUCCCCAAAUUGAUGCCCAGGGAGGCUCUCUCCUUCCGCAAGGGCAGUGGAAUACCAACAGUGGAGAAGCGCAGGCCCAGAAGGCUGUGAACAAGCUGCGAGCUAAACUGCAGACAUACCAGGACAAGGUCUCCUUGCUUGUACAAGAGCAUGGCAAGAAAGUCGCGGCGCUACAACAACAGGUCGACACACUCAAAAGAGAAAAAGAGACGCUGACCAGAGAGAAUGUCGUAGUCAAAAGCUUCUACAACAUGCUUAAAGGGCAUUACGACUUCAUGAUCGGACCAGAAGGCCGACUCUUUCCAAUAAUCCCCGAUACCAAGGAGCGCGCAGUUCUGGGGCUCAACAAACCAAAGUCACCACUCCAACAGGCAUACGACAGCAAGAUGCAGCAACUCAAGCGGGAAUACUCCGAAGCAAUCUUCAAAGCAGAUAUUUGCUACUUGUGUCCGGAGCACCACGGCAAAGAACUCAAGCUACUAGCUCCACAAGUCGAACGUGCCGCCCUCCAGUUCAUUGACCUCACCGGCGACGAUCAAGAACCUGGACCAACUUUUCUGAAGGAUUCGAUUCAAAAGUUUCUGUCCCGUGCUGCUCAGGAGGAGGUAUUGGGGAGUAGCAGCCGGGAUAAACAGACGAUAACUCAGGUGGAUGCCACAACUCCCGUUCAAGAGACAGCCACAUCGGAAUCUACAACAAUUACUGCAGCACUUCCAUCGGCAACCCAAGCUGCAAGUAUCAAUGGAGGAAGCACUCAAUCUCUUGCAACCGGGUCCACGAAGCGUCCAGCGCCACCCGUAACGCCCCCCUCCGAAGUCGAAGACGCCUUUCUCUCGAAGCAUCAAAAACGCAAACAGUCCGAAUAUGGUUGGAUGCAACCAAGCCAGAAUCUUGCUUUGAGGAAGGCAACCGGUGAUCUUCCUCAUCCUCUAGAAGAGUGGAGUUUUAAGCAGGCUGCGGGUGCGGCUGCUGGUGUUUCGAUCCGCGAAGUCGUUGCCACUUAUAACGUCGCAACAACCGUACCAACUGCGAACCAUCAGUCAUCCAUCUCAGCUCCCACACCAGAACCAGCGGCACCGUCUGCAUCUGCUGCUCCCAAGCCUUCAAAGGCUUCAAGAGUCACCAAAACCAAACCUGGAACACCAAAGAAGUCGAACACUCGGGGAAGGAGCAGGGCAAAGCCCAAAUCAUCUGCAGCACUAUCAGCGGCUCUCACCAACGCGCUCGCUGGUUUCAACAGUGCCACUUCCACAGCCGCCAAGAUUUCUGGAAACAGCAGCUCCUACAAUGCGCUCAGUGUUGACAUUCUCCCCGAAGAACCCACCCACUUCCCUGCUCGAAGACCAACCCCUCCGAUUCCACCUACCGCUUCGCCAGCAGAUAUAGAUCCCGAAUAUGAAACCGAGGAGGAGAGAGCCGCACGUAUGAGAGAUUAUGACUUGAUGGUUAUAGACCACAACGAUCAAUACCCACUGCCUGAUGAUGGCGACAUGCCUCAAUCAGCUCCUUUUACGGAUGCAGACGACGAAGACGUGGCAGAUAUUAUCGCUCUGCUGGAGGAGCCCGACGAGCACGACAACCAGCAGAACAAGUCUUCGCAAGCCAAGGACAUCGAGAGCGAUGGCGUUGAGAACGGCCUCGCACAGGACACAGCGAAGGCUACUGGAGACGUCGAAAAGGAAGCUUCGAACGACAAGGCCGGGGGAGGAGACGAGAAUUGGGACGUCGACAGCCUCUUCGGCGACACGGAAGAGGACAUCCAGGUGCCAUGGCAUGAUGAGGAAAGCGAAGUGAGCGAGGAGGAAUAGGUGGAAAAGAAAAAGACGGAAGAGGCUGAUUGAUGAGUGAUGAAUGACGAGCGAUGAGAGGACCAUUGUGAAUAUCGUGAAGUGUUGCGCGGCCAGUGGCCAGGGAGCUAAAAUUUGGCCCAUAGGGCAAUGUAUCUGUGAGAAGUGUGAUGAUCGUCAUUCGGUUACAGCUGGACAGCAGAGACGGGAAAUUGAACGCGCCCUGAGCGGGCUCGGUGGACUUGGGUACUGGUGGAAGAGUGGUGUGCUUGUUCAAAGAGUCGGGCGGCUACAUAGGCAGCAUUCAAUCAGGCCAUACAAUUCUCAAUCAGAUCGAGUUAGCUACCGAG